CCUUUAAGCGUUGCCAUGGCGACAGUGUUUGUGUUCCGGUUGUGCUCGGUGCAUGCGCGUGGGAGAGUAGCUCGGCGAAUCAAACAUUUCGUGACUGUAGUUAGCGAUGGCGCAUUACAGAGUGUCCGAGUCUAAGAGAGAGCAGUUUAGGAGAUAUCUGGAGAAGGCCGGUGUCCUCGAAAGUCUCACCAAUGGUAAGAACAUCAGAUCAAUCCAGCUAAUGAUUGAACAGCUGAUCUUCUGUGUGCCUGAGUUUUUCUUCUUCUUCUUCUCAGUCUUGGUGGCUCUGUAUGAGGAAACCGAGAAACCCAACAAUGCCUUGGACUUCAUCAAGCAUCAGCUGGGAGUUGGACCCGAGGGAGAAGACGCUGAGAGUCUGCGGCUGGAGCUCAACACUUUACAGCAGAAAUAUGAUCAGCUGAUGGAGGAGAACAAAGAGCUAAGGAGCAGGCUGUUGCAGUACGAGCCGGCGCAGGACGGAGGAACAGAAUAACUCCACAUCACUACACUUUAACACAUUUUUACACAUCAGUAGAAGUCUUUGAGUUUGUAUAAGAGGCAAAUCUUUUUGUUUUUGUUCAGCCUAAUAGUGCCUGAUAUUUAAUAAAAGCAUUUUUUGCACUGUU